GGUGUCGUUUACUAAAACAAUUAUAAACCCCAAGCUAUAAAAAUAAACAAUCUGAAACCAAAAAAGAAUUCAGGCUCUCUCUGUUUGAAGUUAAUAUCAAUCCGCAGUAGCAAUAAUGGACAACCCAAUUUCGGAAGCUGAGACUGUAGUAGCCGAUAAGUCUGAUUUAGGACCUGUUGGUAAGCCUCAAGUUAUUUACCGCUGUAAAAAGUGUCGAAGAAUUGUAGCAUCAGCAGAUAACAUUGUUUCACAUGAACAUGGGAAUGGAGAAGAAUGCUUUAAAUGGAAAAGGCGAGAUGGUGAUGCUCGAGAGAACGAGCCUGUCGAAUGCACUUCCAUAUUCGUUGAGCCCAUGAAAUGGAUGCAAACAGUACAAGAAGGUUUCGUGGGAGAAGGCCUGGUGGGAGAGAAGCUUCAAUGCUUGGGAUGCAAGGCACGAUUAGGUUCGUUCAACUGGGCGGGUAUGCAAUGCAACUGCGGAACAUGGGUUAAUCCUGCUUUUCAAUUGCAUAAAAGUAGAUUAGAUGAAUGUUUUAUAUGACUAAUUUUGAGUUAAAUUGUAGGAUUUGUUAAAUUAGACAUUACAUUUUCACAUGGGUCAUAGAAGCUUGGAAUCUUUUUGAAUAAGUUUAGUGUUUCAUUUUUUAGUUUCUUUAA